AUGGGCGGCAAGGAGUCCAAAGCCUCCGACAACACCGCCAAUGUGAUAAACACAGUGGAAGUCCUCGAUUACAAAGAGGAGAGUGCAGCAUACCCUGGAGUUCAUCUCUGUCAUAUUAAUGAGCUGGGGAAGAUGCAGCAUUCCCCCAGGAAGAGUGCCCGGCUGAACGGAGGGGAAGCCACCCCUAUAACAACAGUAAGUCAGAAGCCAGCCAGUAGUGGAGCAGGAACUCGGACGCGGGUGAACAUCACGGCGGCGUCGAUUCCUUGCCCGGCCACUACGGUGACUACAGUAGCUUCCCAACCUAGAAGUACUGCUGUCACAGCUGCGAGUUCAGUACCGGAGGUGAACCAGCCCCUUGCGUUGGAACUCAUGGAGAGGAUCGCAGCGUUGGAGAGGGAGCUGGAGAAGGCUAGAUCCCUGGAAAGUGCACUGCGCAGCCAGCGCAUGGACUCGUGCUACCGGGGUGAGCAUCCACAAUGCGGCCACAGCAUCGCCACUUGUCGGAUCCUACGCCGCGACGACGCCGAGUGGAAUCCAGGGAGCAUAUGGGCCAAGGAAGCUUCCGGACUUGCCUAUAUUUGGAGGGCAGCCCGAGGAGUGGCCGAUCUUCAGCUGUGCGUUCGCGCUAAGGAUGAAGCGCGCGAGGCAGUGAAGGCGCUAUUGAUUCAUCCAGGGAAUGUCAGCGCCGUGAUGGAGCAGCUGCGCUUUAGGUUCGGCCGACCGGAGCAGCUUAUAGGCAGCCAGCUCAACAACGUGCGAGAGGUGCAGCCAAUUUCGGAGCACAAUUUGGCGAAGAUCAUUCCCUUCGCAACCCGAGUGAGUAACCUCGCGGCCUUCUUGCAGUCAGCGAAGGCGGAGCAGCACCUGGGGAACCCAACCCUAAUGGAGGAGCUUGUGGCCAAUCUGCCAUCGAGCAAGCGAGUGGACUGGGCCAGGCAUGCUGCAACGAUUGCGCCCUUUCCCACUGUAGUCCACUUCAGCGCGUGGCUACAGGAGUACGCAAACGUGGUGUGCACGGUUUUGGACGUCGAGGGAAAGGAGCCGAGGCGUCGACUUCUACAUGCAAGCGUCGACCAUAAUGAAUGCGAUCAACAGGAUGAUCGGCAUGGAGGUUGUCCCAUCUGUGGAGGACAGCAUGGAAUAUUGAACUGCAGAGAAUUUAUUGGAGCUUCGCCACAGGAAAGGUGGAGCAAUGUGAAGAGGCAUCGGCUCUGCUUCAAUUGCCUGCGAAGCGGGCACACGGCUAGAUCCUGCUAUACGCAAGGUGAGUGCCAGAUUAAUGGAUGCCGAAGGGAGCAUCACCGUCUGCUACAUGGUGCGGACGAGGAGCGAAGCCCGCUGCAGCGAGGUGGCUUCAGACGCCACGAAGGGAACCAGCAGCCAGCAGUUUCCAGACGCAGCCCGGCCAGGAGGCCUUCGCUACGAGAUGGUCACAGGGACCAGGAGAGGAACCGGCAGCCAGCCGUUCCCAGCAACAGCCUGGAGAGAGGAGCUCCGCAUGAAGCGGGAGCACCCAUGCAGAGGAAUUUGAGCUGCGUUGACGCCGAAGGAGGCCGUCUACUGUUCCGUAUACUGCCGUUUACGCUGUACGGAGCGGGGCGAAAGGUGGAUACGUAUGCGCUCCUAGAUGAGGGAUCCUCCGUCACGAUGAUCGAUGACGAGCUACGAAGGGAUCUUGGAGUGCAAGGAGAGCGUCGGCAGCUAAAUAUCCAAUGGUUUGGAGUUUGCCGAUGCAGACAUAGGCGACGAGAUGUCCAGGGCGUGCACAGGGAUGCGCGUCUGCCGAUGAAGCCUUACAGCAACGUGGUGCCGAAGCUGCUCAUCGGCCUGGAUCACGGACAUCUGGGGUUGCCACUUAGGACGAGGCGGUUCGCUCGAGAGGGAUCAUAUGCGGCCGCAACCGAGCUGGGCUGGGUUGUGUUUGGGCCUGUAAGUGGGCAACCGACCACGCCGUCACCGAGGUCCUGCCUACUUGCCGUGUCAGUGGAUGACGCGAUGGAAAAGAUGGUGGAGGACUACUUCGACAUGGAGAACUUUGGAGUGAAGCCCGCGCCGCCGGUCGCAGCCAGCGACGAUGUUCGGGCCCAAAGGAUACUCGAAGACACCACGGUGAAAGUGGGGCGUCGCUACCAGACGGGGUUACUCUGGAAGGACGACCACGUUGUGCUGCCACCGAGCUGUGAGAUGGCGUACAGGAGGCUGGUCAACGUCGAGAAGAAGAUGAAGCGCAACAAGCCGUUGGCGCAGGAACACGAUCGGAUUAUAAAGGAUUACGUGUCUAAAGGAUACGCGAGGAGGCUGCAGCCAGAGGAGGUCGCGGUAAGGAGCGAUCGCCUAUGGUAUUUGCCACAUUUUGGUGUCGAAAACCCAAACAAGCCCGGCAAGGUACGGCUUGUGUUUGAUGCUGCAGCCAAAGUUGGAGGAACCUCGCUAAACUCGGAGCUGGACAAAGGGCCUCAGCACUAUAAGCCUUCGCCAGCUGUGCUCUUUCAUUUCAGAGAGGGAGCCGUCGGAGUCUGCGGUGACAUCAAGGAGAUGUUCCACCAAGUGCUGAUCCGACCCGAGGAUAGAUGUUCCCAACGAUUCCUCUGGAGAGAUGGCGACGACGAGAGAGACCCGGAUGUCUAUGAGAUGCACGUAAUGACGUUUGGAGCAGCCUGUUCGCCGAGCGCUGCGCAUUACGUGAAGACUAUGAAUGCCCUGAAGUAUCGGGAUUCGGAUCCGAGAGCGGUCAAGGCCAUCACCGACUACCAUUAUGUCGAUGACUAUGUGGACAGUUUCGCUACAGAGAGCGAGGCUAUCAGCGUAUCUACCCGAGUGAAGGAGCUACACAAGGAUGCUGGAUUCGAAUUAAGCCAGUUUUCAUCCAGCUCACCCACCGUGGAGACGGCUUUAGGACCUGGUCGAGUCAAGAGCGUCGGAUGGGGUGAGGCUGAAGAGAAAUCCUCGGAUUGCGUUGGCAACGAAGCUGCUGCUGCGAGAGAUUUGGAGGCAGAAGAUCCAGUGGGACGAACCACUACCGGAGGAGUUAAGCAAAGCCUUUGCGAUUUGGCGCAAAGAGAUGGACGCCGUGAGACAGUUCCGAUGUCCGUGUGGUCAUCACGUGUGGUCAUCACGGACCUGGUGUUAUGGACGGACUCUAAGACGGUGCUGAGAUGGAUCGGCAGCACCCACCGCCGGUAUAAGCAGUUUGUUGGCAACCGAGUGGCGGAGAUUUUGGAGUCGUCGAAGGUUUCCCAAUGGAGAUGGGUGCCUACAGCCGACAAUGCGGCUGACGAUGCGACGCGGUCGCAGAAAGGAGUCGACCUUAGCCAGGAAUCAAGGUGGCUAAGAGGACCUGCAUUUUUGAGGCAGCCAGCAGCCAGCUGGCCGGGGCCUGAGGAAGGAACUGAGCGUGUUCCAGAUGCCCCUGAUGAAGAAGAGAUGCCCUGUGAGUUUGCAUUAGUUGCGGCAGACGAUUUUGUUAUUCCGUUUCAGAGAUUCUCGAGCUUCAGUCGCCUGGUGAGGACCACAGCCUGGGUCCUACGGUUUGAGCGCGUUUUUAAUUGUCCAGCGAACCCGUCUGAGGGCGGAGUUUGGGAGCGCAUGGUGCAGUACGUCAAGAGAGUACUGCGUCAUACCCAGGAUACGCCUGGAUUGGAUGCGGAGCUGCCCAAGGAGGGUUCUACGAGGAAGCAGUGGAGGAUUGCUCGCCUGCUACGAGACCGUUUCUGGAGGAGGUGGGUCAUGGAGUACCUGCCUACGCUUGUGCGCCGCGAGAAGUGGUGCCGCCGAACGGAGCCCAUCCACCAGAGUGAUAUGGUCUUCGUCUGCGAUCCUGCCUUGGCCCGACGAGAGUGGCGCAAGGGCAUCGUGGAGGAGAUCUACAGCGAAGCUGAUGGAGUCGUCAGACGCGCUAAGGUGCGCGUGAACGACAACGGCCUAUCUAGGACAAUGAUGCGACCCGUCUCUAAACUUGCAGUUUUGGAUUUGAGAGAAGCGGUUCUUCACGGGGUCGGGGAUGUCGCGGAUCGAAUGUUGUUAUCGAUAGGCUAG